CACAUUUCCAACGAUAACGUUCCUAUUAGUAAGUGUUACUAUUUGGGACCUGGAGUCACUGUAGUUGGGCCGGCGGUGGCGGUGGUGUUUUGAGCAAAGUCGCUCUCGUUGACGGUUUGGAACAAAUACGCUUGCAUGAUGUGUUUCAGAUAAAACCCCAUGACAUUGCUCCACGCUUCCCCCACAUUGGGUGUGCUUUCUUUACCAAGCCAGUGCAUGAUCACUUCAAUGCACGUUCCGACGUACACGGCAAAGUGAUGCGGCCGCACGAGCGGGAUGGAUCUGUGCAUGUGGCCCAGGUGGCGACAUCGGUGCUUGACUUUUUCGUGGUCGUCGGACGCCGUUUUGAGGAUAAACGUCAUGGCCAGCACCAGGACCUCGGCGCGUUUCUUGGGGGACGAGAACACCCCCUCCAUCGCCGAGUCUCGCUGGAAGAGGCGAUGGAAGAACUCGUCCUGGAACAGCACGAUGCCCGGCUGGUCGUAGCCUUUCAUUUUGUCGGGCGUGGCUUUGCAGAUAUCCCGCCAUGUCUUGGUGCAUUCUUCGGCAUAUGUCUGGUUCAGCAUUGGAAACAACGGAAUGUUUGCGGGCAAGUAGUGGUGCACGUGGUCGGAGCUUGCCACGCCAUGAAGGAGGAAUGGUGUCGCGGGGUACUUGUUGUCUGAUAUAUCACCGCGUGCCACCUUGCCUUGUUUGGCGCCCAUAACACAAUUGACCAAACGAUA